CGGUUGCCGCGAGUCCUCGCAACUGCCUCCUUGUGGCGUGAGCUUCCAGCCUCGCUCUUCCCCCGGCGGCGGCGGUGGCGGCAGCAGGAGGAGGAGGGAGCGGAGGCGAGCGGGCGGCGGGCUCCAUGGAGAGCGGCGGACGCUCGGGCAGAGGCGGCUCUUCCUCUCCGACACCCGGGCAGCAGUGACCGGCGCUUGCGCCCUCCUCCGCGUCGAAGCGGCCGCCGACUCCGGGACUGACCGGCCUCGCUGUCACUCCCCGCGCCGCCGCCUCGCCUCCCGGCGCCCCUGCGCCCCGACUCGCCCGCGCCCCAACUCCCCGGCGGGGUGGCGGCAGCCGGGCCCCCGCGGCGGCGGCCGGAGCAGCAGCGGCAGCAAGAGCCCGCCUCUAUGAUGAAGUUCAAGCCCAACCAGACGCGGACCUAUGACCGCGAGGGCUUCAAGAAGCGGGCGGCGUGCCUGUGCUUCCGGAGUGAGCAGGAGGACGAGGUGCUGUUGGUGAGCAGCAGUCGGUACCCAGACCAAUGGAUUGUCCCGGGAGGAGGAAUGGAGCCAGAGGAGGAACCUGGUGGUGCUGCCGUCAGGGAAGUUUACGAAGAGGCUGGAGUUAAAGGAAAAUUAGGCAGACUCCUGGGCAUAUUUGAGCAGAACCAAGACCGAAAGCACAGAACGUAUGUGUAUGUUCUUACUGUCACUGAAAUAUUAGAAGAUUGGGAAGAUUCUGUUAAUAUAGGAAGGAAGAGAGAAUGGUUCAAAGUAGAAGAUGCCAUCAAAGUUCUCCAGUGUCAUAAGCCUGUACAUGCAGAGUAUCUGGAAAAACUAAAGCUGGGUUGUUCUCCAACCAAUGGAAAUUCCACGGUCCCUUCCCUUCCAGAUAACAACACCUUGUUUGUGACUGCUGCACAGACCUCUGGGUUGCCAUCCAGUGUAAGAUAGAAUGGGGAGGGCCUCCCAUGUGCAGUCUCACGGGGAGAGGUCUGUAUUUUCCUUGGCAAACAUCUGAAUGACGCCUGCAAACUGUCUGAAUUUGCCAUGCAGGAUUUUCAAACAAUUUGCAUGUUUUUCAGAUGUUUUCAAAUCUUCUUUUAAAAAAAAAAAGUGUAAAAUAUUUUAAUAAGCCAAAGCCAUGUGUAAUUUUUUUUAGAUGCCUUAACUAUGCCCCUGGCCCCACCCCACCCCCCAUUUUAGUUGUCAUUUUUUCACAGCAUUUUGUUCAGUUUUUUUGUCCAUUUGAUGUCAGUCUGUGGUUUUUGCCAGAUCACCUUACUUGUGGGUAUAUUUUCCCUCUAAGUUAUUUUCUCAUUCACAGCAUUAAGGUAUUCAACAAAUUCUGUUGUGGAGAUUUAUGAAAAUAAUUCUUGAUAUUAAAUGAAUCUACUGGUCCGUAAACUUGUUUCAUAGGAUCACAGUUUUAAUUCAGAAAUUCCAGACUUGGACUUUAUGGUUCAAUAACUGUUUUGACAAAGGACUUAAUUUACUAUUUUCAGAAAUUUAACUCAUUUGUCUGUUUUCACAACUGGUAUUAUGUCACUAGCUACCCGAUAUGGCCAAUUCCUGCCCCCCCCCCCGCCCCGCCCCAUAACUCAAUAGUCCUUUAACACAAAGUUUAACUAUAUAGAGUGGUUUUUAGAGAGGUGUUGUAAGAAAAAUGCACGCAGUAAAUACAUCUUAUCAUGAAAAACUGUGUUCAUGGAACUUGAGUUAGCAUGCUAGGUUGCCAAUUCCUUUUAUCUAUAAUCUCUUUACACAGAAUACUUGAUUGAGAACCAGAAUACCCUUGAUGUAAAUUCCUUUUAAAGAUAUAUUUCCAGUUUUUGAACUUACUGACUCCUCUUCAGUUAAACUUGCUGGUACUACUAACCACAGGAUUAGAGUCUAACCUCAAAUGCUGAUCAGUGGUGACUGCAUCACAAUUGAGUAAAAUGGCCUUCUUACUGUUCAGCUGUUACACACUUAGACAUUAGGACACCUCAGAAUGUCUCAUCUUUUAUAGAUUGCCAAUAAGUACUGUUUAUCCUGUAACUAACUUUUGGGGCACUGGAACAUACCUGAGCUAAGAAUUUCAUCUUAACACUUGUCUUUAUACUCACUUAGCAUCAAGAAUCCCAUUGAAAAACACAUAAGGUACCCUGUCUGAAACUCCUGUACUCGCCGACCGCCAAGUCACAAAUGAGAUGGGAGGAAAACAAACUUUGAAUAAGACAUGGGGUUCGGGAGCGAGUGAAAGAUCUUUCUCUAUGUAGACGUUAGCCUUGUAAAUAUUGUAACUGGUGAGUAUAGAGUAGAAAGUAAGUAUGGUUGUACAUUUGUUCCACAAAUUGUUAACCUUUAUAAUUGCUGCUAAAUAGUGCUGUUACACUUAAGAAAAAUCAGUGCCAUUGUUCCGAAAAAGAUCUUGUGCCAUAAAUGCAGCUGAACUAAAUAUAAGCAUUAGUUCACAAAUUAAUGCUGUCAGAGGAAUGAGCAAAGUAGAAAAACUUUUAACCAAUGACAUUUCAUUUGAAAUUAUGUAGUGUGAUCAAACAUGAUCAUCCAGAGUUUUUAUAUUUUUCUUUGUACAGAGGUUAUCCAUUCUGGGUGUUUUUAAAAGAAACAUUUUAAAUCCACAGAUUGACACUUUCUAUCACUCUUCAAUGGACUAGGAUUUUUUUUCAGUAAUCUGAAAUUUCUUUAAAUUACAUACCUUAACACAGCAGAGAAACUGGAUUUUGUAUAUAAAACUGUCCACCUGAAAUGCUGUCACAAGUACUGGGGGAGGGAGGUUUCUUGUACAUGAUAUUCUUAGAGGUAAUAAUGCAUGAACUUAUUUUAUAAACUCUUGGACUAUGUAUUUGACAUGUAAAAUAUGUACAGUAUUAAUGUCUGCCACCUCUUAAAAGUGAGCCUAUAAAUAUUGUUGUAUAAUUUUCUUUGGUCAAAAGCAUUUGGACUAAGUAGUGCCACUCGGGUCAGGAUUUUCUUCAGUGCCAUUUAGCAAACCAACUGUCUUUAGUCUAUGCAACUAGCAAAAAUUGGUAUAACACAACAGCAUACAGUUGUUACACUUCGAAUUUCACAUGAGGGAUUCUUUACUAUUCUUCUGGAACCCAGUCUAGCAAAACUAGAGGAAAGGCCCUAAGAUUUCUGUUAAGAGAAAAAGCCUACAUUUUCAGGCUCAACAGUUGAAUCUACUACACAUAACAAAUAGUGUCUACUAUCUCAACCCUCCAAAGUUUACACUGUUGGGAAUCAUUUGUGCUUUCUGUGGGGUAGUUGGAUAAAAUUGGCAGCUAAAUUUUUCAGUCCCAUGUGCCUCCUAAAUAAAAGAAAUAACUAGGUUACAAGUUGACUUGCAGACACAAAGUAGCAACUAUCCUGAAUAAUUGUUGUUGGGGAGUUUUGUGUGUGUGGCUUUUUUUUUUUUUUUAAAUAAACAGGUGAAAUAUUCCAAAAGGGCACAUGCCAUUCAAUUUUCUGUCAAUCACAGUUGUAUAAAGUAGCAAAACUGAAGGGGUGGGGGGCGUGGAGAUGACUGUUGUAUACACUCUAAAUUGCCUUGCAUGGUCUCAUUUGAGUUAAUUGGUGUAAGAAUCUUGACUUUUUUUAUAUUUGGAAACCAAAUAAAAAUGGAAAUAAAUUA